AUGCUUUCCUUCAGUGCAAUUCAUAUUCUUCUCGUUAUUAUCGCAUUUAUUUGUGGUCUAUAUAGUAUUCGUGAAUAUCGUUAUACAUACAAACGAUUAACAGCCAUGAUUUAUAUUCUAGCUGCUGCUUCUCUGCUUGUUUGCAUCGAAGUUUUAAGUACGAUAUUUCGUCAUGCUAGCGAACAUCUCCCGGACAUUCAUCCUCCGAAAACGAAAUAUUCGUUCAAUGUUUGUUAUAUACUUGCUUGGGUGGUGUUUGUUCAAUUACUUGGCUCAUCAUUCGCAUUUUUCUUUUGUAGUAAAAAACGAAAAGGUACAUUUGACGAAGCAACGGAAGAAGAAGCAUUAGCAAAUCUACCUGUCGACCUCGGUCGUUUCUGA